UCACAGCGCGCGAGCAUGGACUAACCGGAGGGAGCACGGCAUCGCGCGAGCGUCCUUCCCUCGGUCUCUUCGCUCUGGACAGGCUCGAGAGGAUGAUGAUCAUUAUGAUUCUGAUGAUUAGGAUUAUGAUGAUGGUCUCGUGCGAGUGAAAUCGGACCCUAGCCGUCGCUGUUGGACUCGGACCCCCGCCCCCUCUUCCCCCUCUUCCCCCUCCCCCUGCCCCUGCCCCGGUUUGACUGUGACAGCUCGGCUCGGGAUGGGGAAGGAGCAGGAGCUGCUGGAGGCGGCGCGCACCGGGAACGUUCUGCUGGUGGAGAAACUGCUGAGCGGGAAGCGGGGACUGCUGGGCUCCAGCGCCGGCUCCAUCGCUCUGCCCGGCUUACUCAGUAUAUGGAGAGGACUGAACGUAAACUGUGCAGACAGCUCAGGAUACACACCUCUUCACCACGCCGCACUCAAUGGACACAGGGAAGUGGUGCUGAAACUGUUGCAGUUUGAAGCCUCCACUAAUGUGCCUGACAAUAAAGGAUGCUUCCCUUUGCACCUGGCUGCUUGGAGGGGAGAUGUAGACAUCGUCCGAAUCCUCAUGCACCAUGGCCCGUCCCACUGCAGAGUCAAUGAACAGAACCAUGAGAAGGAGACGGCGUUGCACUGUGCGGCUCAGUACGGCCACUCGGAGGUGGUGUGCGUGCUGCUGCAGGAGCUUACGGACCCGAGUAUGAGAAACCGGCGUGGUGAGACACCGCUGGACCUGGCGGCACUCUACGGACGGCUGCAGGUGGUGCGCAUGCUGCUGAACGCUCACCCCAACCUCAUGAGCCUCAACACACGCCAGCACACGCCUCUGCACCUCGCCGCCCGCAACGGACAUCACACCACCGUGCAGGUGCUGCUGGAGGCUGGCAUGGACGUCAACACAGAGACGGAGAAGGGCAGCGCGCUACAUGAGGCUGCUCUGUAUGGAAAGAUGGAUAUAGUUCGGCUCCUGCUCGACUCAGGGAUUGAUGCCAACAUUCGAGAUUGCCAUGGGAAAACUGCACUAGAGAUACUAAGAGAACACCCGUCCCAGAAAUCACAACAAAUCACUGCUCUCAUACAAGAAUUUAUGAUGGCAGAGAAUGACAGAGGACAAGUCCCAGACGAACCCAUUCGCCAGUGUCCAGUGCCUGCACCUCGCACCUCCAUACCCUCGCCUGCUGCCUCCCCAUCACUCAGGCAUAAAAAUGAAACAGUGACAGGAGAACUGUCCAAGUUACUGAAUGACAUAAAGAUGUGCCGGGACAGGGACUACUCCUUCGAGGAGCUUUGCCAGGCCAUUUCUUCACACUCGCAGUCCAUGGAGAGCUUCUGCAGUGGCACGCUGUCGGACGAGGAGAGAAACCCCACGCUCACGCACGUCAGUAAGUGGCCCACUCCUCUGUUGCCCUCAGCGAUGGAGGAAGAGGAGAAGGCUUGUGGCCCUUCAGGUCUGUGGGAGGCACUUACACCCUGCAAUGGCUGCAGAAACCUGGGCUUUUCACAGGACUCUAAACAUUGUGUGGAGAUCAUCCAGUCUUCCUCUCUGGACGUUUUUUCACCCGAGGAGGAAGAUAAUCCGUACGAGUCAGUGACCACGGCUGUCACGCGUAAACCCUGCUCCCUGGACAUCCACCUCCUUAACUCCUGUCCCCGCAAUGGCCACUCUUUGAAUGUUUCGACUAGUGAUGUGGAGCAGCGUAACCAUGGUGAUGACUACAGCAGUCUGACUCCAGACUGUUCCCCUCCCUCUCCUGGUACUGCACUGAAGAACAUUGAGAGAGUUAUCCGCCCCCAGCCCAAACAGCGCACGUCUCUGUCCUCGACGCAGGAUGUACAGCGGCCCGUACCGAGCCAUAGCGGUGAGCCAUCUGAGGUGAGCUCAUCUCUGGGCUAUGCCAGCUUUAGCACCAGUCCACCUGCUAGUCCUCUCAUCAGUCCAGCUAACUAUUCCCCCGGGUCAACUGAGGACUGCCCACUUGCUGAUGAGGUGACGGAUCAGAGGGAGACGACGCUGAAAGACGAUCGCAGGGAGAGCCGUGUUCCCGAGCAGUUUGCCGGCCUGCUGCACGGCUCAUCUCCAGCCUGCGAGUCCCCGGAUAAUCCGUACCAGCUGUACAGCAGAGUGCGCAAAGAUCCUCCACAGAGGCACGGCAACCUGCUGCUGGCGCCGAAUCACGCCGUGCCGUUCCCUGCUUCGAAGAUCCAGAAAGAACCUAAACCUCAGGUAGUGUACCGCACCAUCUUCCACACAAGGGUCAACCAGAAGUCAUCUGUGCAGGGAAAGAACGAAGUGAACCGGACUGGAGAAGGGGGGAAUAACAGCACAGGGGGCUACGAGGAGAGAGCGUGCACUCUUGGAAGGAUGCGCUCGGGAAUGUCGAGGAACGUGCCCGACCUCCAGCUUUCCAGAAGCCUUUCCAAGUCUGACUCCAACCUGGUGGUGGCAUCGCCCAUCGAGGAGGAAAGGCGGAAUUCUCGAGGUCAGAACAGCCCCACCAGACUGGAGCGCACCCCGUCCUUCACGGCGGAGUGGGAGGAGAUUGAUAAAAUCAUGAGUUCCAUCGGUGCUGGGAUCGGGACAGAGCUCCAGGAGAAGGACGAAGACCACACAGGGCCGCGCUGCCCUGUGCAGUCCGUGGGUCAGUGGCUCGACAACAUCGGCCUCGUCCAAUACGAGAACCACUUGCUGGCGAACGGCUUCGACAACGUGCAGUUCAUGGGCAGCAAUGUGGUGGAGGACCAGGACCUGCUGGAGAUCGGGAUUCUAAACUCGGCACACAGGCAGCGCCUUCUGCAGGCCAUCCGCCUACUUCCCAGGGUGCGGCCCAUAGGCUACGAUGGCAAUAACCCCACCUCAGUGGCAGAAUGGCUGGAGUCACUAGAGCUGGGAGACUACACCAAGUCGUUCCUCAUCAACGGCUACACGUCCAUGGAACUGGUUAAGAAGAUCUGGGAGAUUGAGCUCAUCAAUGUUCUUAAGAUCGGCUUGAUAGGUCACAGAAAAAGAAUCCUCGCGUCACUUGGAGACAGACUACACGACGACACGCCACAGAAACCCCCACGAGCGAUUUCCCUCAGGGAGCCCAGCGGGAAUCACACUCCUCCUCAGCUCUCUCCGUCUCUAAGUCAGGCUUAUCCCAACGCCGGCUCGCUCGACGUGCAGCACCUCAUCAUGCAGGCAGACGCCAGACGCCGACGCAACGACAACUACUUCGAGGAUGUUCCACGCUCCAAACUGGAGAGGCAGAUGGCACAAGUCAGUAUGCAAGGGGAAUGGUGUGAGCCAAUCACAUUGCGACCUCCCAACGAGGCGACAUCAUCCACACCUGUACAGUACUGGCAACACCAUCCUGAGAAGCUCAUAUUCCAGUCCUGUGACUACGAGGCAUAUUAUCUGGGCUCCAUGCUCGUGAAGGAGCUGAGAGGAACAGAGUCCACACAUGACGCCUGCGCAAAAAUGAGGAAGUCUACGGAACAAAUGAAGAAAGUCCCUACCAUUGUCCUCUCAGUCUCUUACAAAGGAGUCAAGUUUAUUGAUGCAACAAAUAAGAACAUCAUAGCCGAGCACGAGAUUCGGAACAUCUCAUGUGCAGCGCAGGAUCCAGAGGACCUCUCCACAUUUGCCUACAUCACCAAAGACUUGAAGUCCAGUCACCACUACUGCCAUGUGUUUACGGCGUUUGAUGUGAAUCUGGCCUAUGAGAUCAUCCUGACACUGGGCCAGGCGUUUGAGGUGGCCUAUCAGCUGGCUCUACAGGCCAGGAAGAGCGGCCACGGCUCGUCCACACUGCCUGAGAGCUUCGACAGUAAACCGUCCAAACCCAUCCCCAAGCCACGCUCCAACAUCCGCAAAUCUAUGGAGCAGCCUUCAAUGGAGCAGAAGGGUCACGGCAAUGUCCCGUGGAUCGUGGAGCCAGGACAGGAAGCCAAGAGAGGAGUCAACACCAAGGUAAUGCCGGACUCCCAUGUCUAUUACUGUGGAAAUCAAAGAAUGUAGCCAGCCCCCAACAUGGACCCUCUCACACACACAUUGCAAAAAAGGACAGCAAAAUACGGAGCCUAUGAGUGGCACUGGACUACAAACAUGGCAGAGCCUCUUGUGACUGAACUUUUGACAUAAUACUCGGUGUGCGAAGGACUACUGGUGUGAACCUCUGGCUUUUCUAUGAAGCACUCGUAUGAGCAUACUUCAGUGGACUACAGAAUGGCAGGGACGUGUUGAGUAGGAACGCACACGUUACGUUACUUCACUUCACUGGGCUCGGGCUCUGUCGUGUGGACCAUGUUGUGUGAGGGAGAAGGUUGGGGGAAAGGCAAGGUACCAUGGAAUAGGACAUAUACCAUGGUUACUCAUUUUGACAGACUAAUUUUGCCCAGUUCCAUAGAGCAAAGUAACACCAUUGGGGCAAAAAUGGACUUUCUGGGUUGCCAUGUUUUUACUUUUCACUCCUCUUUAAUUUCCCUUCAUUUGGUUUAAUAGUACAUUAUGAAUAUUAUGCACAAUGUGAAUGGAUUUCUUGCACUGGACAACCAUGAAAGUGACGUGUCUCAUGCCAAAAUCACUACAGAAUUGUUGUUGACAAUGCCAUGCGGAUUAGUAUUCAUACUGGUAAAACAUUUUAAUGUCUAAUAUAAUUCUAUAUUGCCAUUAUUCUAAUCCUUAAUUGACUAUGUUAUUAUUAAUUCUUCUUCUUUUAAAUGUGCAAUUCUUGUCUGAUGUUGUCUUGAUGUUAUAUUAUUUUUAUAUGACAUGUUGGGCUUGAGAAGAAUAAGCCAUCUUGGAGAGAAAAAAAAAAAAUAUUAUUGUAGAAAAAAAAAAAAGGAAAAAAAACCCAGAGAAUGUGUGAAUGGCUCCAUUCGAUUUUGUUUUCAGGUGAAAAGUUUCUCACGGGGCUGAUCCACAGAUGAUACGCGGAUAUUCGAACUAUUUUAAACUCAAUGUAACUGUAGAAUUUGGUUUUUUUUUUUUGUCACAAUUCUUCUGUACAUAAAUAUUUUCCUCAAUCAUUGUUCAUAUAUGUAAUGUAGUUUAACAUAAAAAAAAAAAAACGAAGAACAGAAAAAAAAAAAUAAAAGAAAAGGAAAAUAUCACACUGGUUAAUAUAGUACCAAAUUUUAAAGGUCAAAUUGCGAGCUCUCACUGUUGAAAAUAUCAAUUUAAAAAAAACUAAAAAAAAUGAAAUAAAAACAAACUAUAAAAAUAAAUAAAUAAACACUUGUGUGAGCAGAGUGGAAUUGCUAACAUACAUGUACAUAGGCUUGGGCUUCCAGCACUCUGAUUUUCUAAGUUUGACCCUUAUUUAUAUCCUGGCAAAGCACACGGAAUAAAUCAGACUUGUACAACUGUU